AUGUCGCUCUCAUCGAGCAAUCACGACGACGUACGAAGAGCUUUGGAGUGGCUUGUCACUUCGACAGAAAGCGACGGAACCCUUCUUGCACCUCCUCAAGACAUCUUGACCUCUAUUCGUAGAUUAUCACCAGACUCGAACGACGAGAUAAAUCGGCUUCUUUAUGGCGCGAAAGCGAUGUUGGGAGGUAACAGUAUGCUGAGUAGUCCUGGAAGCUUGCAGUUAUGUGAUUUCGCACAUGGGACGAAUGGAACCGAAAACAUGUUGAGCUCUAGAAAUGCCAUGAAACAGCAAAUAAAGCCUACAAGUCCGCAUGCAGUAGACAACCGGACAUCUUGCAAAUUUGUAGAUCUGCCAUUGGAAAUAUUAACUAUGAUCGCCGAGUCGGCCAACCCUCCCCGGAUUGUGGUGUUGCAAGACAGCGCGAUGGCUUGCGAGAAUAAUAGAUCUCGUAAUUAUUGUAUUUACAGGAGUGAUGGUAGUUUCAGAGGGCAUGGAGACGGCGAUUAUAUGUUCACGAGCACUCCCAACCCUACACUCUUGAGCGUAUGUAAGACGACCCGGCAAAUUAUGAAACAGUCGGGAUACCAAAUAGCCUUCGAUAACAAACAGACUGAGCGGGCUCCCUUGAUAUGGUUCAAUUUCCAUCGCGACAUUAUGUGGGCGCCCCUUUCCGACAACAGCGAUAGCCGCGUCCGACAUGAACCUACAAUCAUCGGAAACUGGAAAAGCUUUUCUCUGCGUGGGAUGAUUAGAGAGCUAGCCAGGGUGGAGAAUCUGUUGAUAGACUCAGCUUCUUGGAAAAGCAACCAACAAGGACUACAUAAGGAGUGGAUAUACUUACGGGGAGUAAAACGCAUUCUGCUUCUUCAGCGAGGCUGCUAUUUUCGAUACACGCCCGUCGAAGAAAUGAACAAGGCAGCCGAGCAAUAUAGCUGCAUGAAAUUAUUAGCCACCAUGUUCAAGAAAGGCUGGAAGUUCGAUACAAUGGGGGCUGUACGUAAACUGUUGGACAGUCUCCCAGAGCAAGAGGCCCUUGACCUUCUGAACGACAACAACUUCAUGCCACAUUUCCUCAACAAAGAUCCCUUCGGCCUAGCAAAGAACAAGCCAAUACCUUUAUUUCCAAACGGAAAUCCAAUCAGGCUGUCUUGUCGACACGAGCUUUGUCAUUUGGCGAAGAUUGAAGAUUGCAAGCUUGAUAAUCGGUGA